AUGGAGAAAAUUGAAAGACAUAUAGUUAUUCAAGCCGAUACGCUAGAAAAGGUGAAAAAGGCGUACGUUAACUACAAGAAAUCUCCCAAGGAGAGAUUAACGGCUGGUUAUGUGAAGGGAAGAAUAGAUACACUGGAAUUGUACUGGAAAGAGUUUCAAGUCGUACAUGAAAAGUUAAUUUUGUCGGUUCCUAUGGAACAGCGUCAAGCUACAAAUUAUUUCGCCGACAACACGUUUGAGGCAUUUGAAGAAGAGUAUUACACAUACAAAGGCGAAAUGAUGUCUAAGUUAGAAAGUAUAGUUCCGACAAAAACAAUGGUGCAUGUCACAGCGGAGUCGGGGCAGUCACACGUGCUUCGGGCUCUGGUAGACCAGGGAUCAGAGGAGUCCUUCGUGACUGCAAGGGCGGUCGAGUUGCUGGGUUUGAAGAAAACUAAAAUCAGCGGAGUGAUCUCUGGUAUUGAGGAGUGUGAGACGACUUUCAAACAUAGGCACAUUACAAGUCUACAUGUUACAACACAAAUUGAAGAAGAUAAUAAGAAAGGGUUUUGGGAGGUAGAGCCUGAACUAUACCAGAAGCACAGCAUGUGGACGAAAGAGGAAGAAAAGUGCGAGGAAAUAUAUCAACAAACAACAACGAGGGACGAGACAGGGAGGUACGUAGUACAGCUUCCUUUAAAAACAAAUUUUGAAGACACUGUAAGGUCGUGGGGAAAUACAAAGCGUCAGGCAGUAAUGAGAUUAGAGCAGCUGGAAAGGAAGUUCGCCCGAAACGAGCACCUGAAAGCAGAAUACACCAGAGUUAUACACGAGUGCUUACAGUUAGGCCAUAUGAAGAAGGUCGACACAGAAGAUAAAGGUAAUGCAGUAUAUCUUGAGCAUUGUGCUGUAAUAAGAGAAGGUAAGGAAACAUCAAAGCUGCGCCUAGAUUUUGACUCGUCAGCUAAUGGCCCUAAUGGAUGUUCCGUAAACAGCAGCAUGAUGGUAGGACCUACAAUACAGCCAGAUCUACGUAGUCUGGUGUUUAGAUGGAGAACUCACAAAAUCUGUGUUGUUGGCGAUAUUAUAAAGAUGUAUCGUCAGGUAAGAAUGAAUGACAAACACACAGAUUUAGAACGCAUAGUAUGGCGGGAUAAUACAUCUGAGAAGAUAGAUAGUCACAAGCUACUUACGGUUACAUUUGGGACAGCAGCUGCACCUCAUCUGGAUGUCCGUACGCUUCAACGUUUAGCUGAUGAUGAACAAGACAACUACCCUCGAGGAGCGGCGGUAGCAACAAACUCCUUUUACAUGGAUAGCCUUAUGACAGGUCACGAAGAUCUCGACGAAAUGAAAGCAACCUGUAAAGAAAUCAAUGAAUUAAAGGCAGGUGGCUUCGAGAUGCAGAAGUGGUCGAGUAACUCUGAAGAACUCCUGAAGGACUUGAUUGAUGGCACGAAGACUCCGGAACCUGUAAAAGACAAGAAAGAGAUUAAAUUAGAUAAAAUAAUAAAAAUACUGGGACUUACCUGGGAUAGAAAGGAUGAUACUUUUCACGUUCCAGUAAACUUACCAGCAAGCAGAGUAACAAAGAGAGUGAUUUUAUCUGAGCACGACAUUGUUCAUGUCACGAGGUUAGCUUCAAAAACAAAAGUAGCUCCCCUGAAACAAUUGACGGUCCCGAAGCUGGAACUUUGUGCUGCGGUGUUAUUGGCAAAGCUGCUGCAUGAAAUUUCAGGAUUAUUUAACAUACCUAUGCACAGAAUCUAUGCGUGGACAGACCCUAUGGUGGUUUUUGCAUGGUUGCAGUCCCCAUCCAGCCGCUGGCAAGUAUUCGUAGGCAACAGAUUCUCGGAGAUCAUCCAGCAUAUAGACAAUGAUAGGUGGAGACAAGUUUCGUCGGGAGACAACCCAGCUGAUCUUGCCUCAAGAGGUAUUAAGGCAAGUGAACUCACAAACAAUGGACUUUGGUGGAGUGGACCCGUAUGGUUAAAGGAAACAAACACUGAGGUGUUAAGGGCCACUACUAUUCCAACAACAGAUCUAGAAAGCAAGAAAUCAUUCCACACGUCAGUACAAGACGCACCUAUUUGGGAGAGAUUUUCGUCGAUAGUCAGGAUGAAAAGAGUGAUAGCUCAAUGUAAGAGAUUUCUAGAUUAUAAAAACAAAAAAGAUGAUAUCUUGAGUGCUGAUGAGUUUAAUGAAGUUAAAAACUGCUGUGUAAGGUAUUAUCAGGAACUAGUAUAUAGUGAAGAAUUUGAAGACCUGAAAAAGAAAGGAAAGGUUAGAAACAAAAGUUCAUUAAUUAUACUUACCCCGUAUGUAGAUGAAGACGAUAAGUGGUACAAUGUGGUAAAAUCACCCUGUAUAAGAGAUGUUGUCAUUAUGAAAGAGCAAGACUUACCACCAGCCAAGUGGCUGCUAGGCAAGAUCACGCCACUGCACGCAGGGCCUGAUAACUUAGUACGUGUUGUAAAGGUCCGGUAUAAGGGCGAUCACAUUCUAAAAAAGACCGUUGCUGUCUAA